AUGAGAGCCGCAUCUUACACCCAGAAGAGCCUGCAGGUUAGUGGCUCCAGCGGCAGAGUAAGGGUUCAAAGCCCUUCGCCCUCCCGGUGCCGUGGAUCCUCAUAUGACAACCGUGGGCGCUCAGGUUAUCGCGGCACUGCCAUCGAGUUGGGCACAGAGAUACACCAGCACCAUGCCAACGAGAAAGAGGAGAUGCAAGAACUCAACGUCAAGUUUGCAGGAUACAUCGAGAAGGUCCAGGCACUAGAGCAGAGAAAUGCUUCUCUCCAAGCUCAGCUGGCUGAACUGCAGAGCCGCUACAAAGGAGGCCCCGCAGGCAUCGGAGAAGAAUAUGAGCUCAAGUUUAAGGAGGUGCGGGAGCUGAUUGAGACACUGACUAAUGAGAAGGGAGCAGCUGAUAUUGAACGAGGCUACAUCGAAGAAGAGGUUGAAGUGUGGAGACUAAAGCUGGAGGAGGAGCUGGCCCUCAAAGAAGAGGCAGAGAUCAUACUGAGGGAGUUCCGCCAGGAUGUUGAUAAUGCCACACUGCAGAAGGCUGAACUAGAGAAGCGUAUAGAGCAACUGGUGGCCGAGAUAGAGUUCCUCAAGAAGCUGCAUGAUGAAGAGGUGGCUGACCUCAUGAAGCAGAUUGAGGACUCAAAGAUCACCGGAGAGCUGGACGGCGAUCGGCCUGACCUGGCUGCUUAUCUGCGCAGCAUGCGUACAGAGAUAGAAGCUGUCGCUGCCCGCAACGUCCAGGAAGCUGAGAAGUGGUACAAGACCAAGUUUGACACCCUCAAGGAGCACGCUGGCAAACAUGAGCAGCAAAUGAAGACCAUGAAGGACGAGAUCACAACUUUCCACAACCAAGUGACAGACCUGCAGAACCAGAUUGACGGGCUGAGGUCUAGCAACGCGGCCCUGGAGCAGCAGCUGGAGGACAUGGAGAUCGCCCACAUGGAUAAGGUGGGGAGCCUCGAGGGUGUCAUUGCUCAGUUGGAGGCCCAGCUCUGCGAAACCAAACUGGAGAUGACCAAGUAUCUCCAAGACUACCAAGAACUGCUGCACAUUAAGCUCAAGCUGGAUGCGGAGAUCGCCACCUACAGGAAGCUGCUAGAAGGGGAGGAGCACAGGCUUGGAAUUGCCAAAGAUGUCUAA